GAACGGAAAGAAAGAUUCUCUGGGCAUUUACAUACAUUUCGCACCCCCCGACGACGUUGUAUAUCUAUGGAGAGACCUGUAGGAUUACCAACAGUAGAAACCACGUGAUUUCACCAAAAUUAUUUUAUUUAAAUGGCAGUUUCCCUUUCCGUAUCCCUCCAGUGGUUUCUCAACGUGCUUCAAAUCUACAUGGGUUGGUGAUUUUCCUUAUUGGUCAGCUACGUUUAUUCUCUUCUCAUGUCUGAUUUCGCUUUUAGCUGGUGGGUUCUCAGCAUCUUCUUCUUCUUUGUCUGUUUUUUGUUUUUGUUUUUUUUUAAAAAAUCUUCUUAUAAUAAGUGUUAUUUGUUUACAUCCUUCUGGAGAUAAACGGGCUUUGCUACAGAUUAGAUGAGAAAACUCGGGAAAAAGAAAAGCGUGUUGGAAGUUUGAAGUUCAGAAGGAAAAGCUCUUGUUGACUAACAAUUUAAUUGCACUGGCAUUUUCUUUGCGGAGGCACCGGGAGGACUCAUUUUUUUUCGGAUACAGAGAUAGUCCUUCCUUGAUUUGAAAUGAUCACUAUCCGGCUUCUCUUUUCGUUGUGGCUCUAUUUUGUAUUGUUUCAAAGUGGGUACAGUAGGAAUGAUUCUUCAAGACCGGCUAUUGUAAAUAUUGGUGCUAUAUUCACUUAUGAUUCUACAAUUGGAAGAGUUGCAAAGAUUGCCGUUCAGGAGGCUGUGAAAGAUGUGAAUUCCAACUAUAGCAUUCUCCAUGGUACCAAAAUUGUUGUGAAAAUGGUAAAUUCAAAUUGCAGUGGAUUUCUUGGGGUGGUGGAAGCUCUACAACUCAUGGAGACUGAAACAGUUGCAAUUAUUGGUCCUCAAUGUUCUACAGUUGCCCAUGUUUUGUCACAUGUUGCAAAUGAACUCCAGGUUCCUCUGUUGUCCUUUGGAGCUACAGACCCCACUCUUAGUUCCCUUCAGUUCCCCUUUUUUGUGAGAACAACAUUGAGUGAUCUAUAUCAAAUGGCUGCUGUCGCUGCAAUUAUUGACUACUAUGAUUGGAAGGCAGUUAAUGUCAUUUUCAUGGAUGAUGAUUAUGGACGAAAUGGCAUUGCUGCACUGGAUGAUAAACUUGCAGAGAGGCGCCUCAAGAUCUCGUAUAAGGCAAGGAUUCAGCCAGAUGUUGAAAUUGGUGGAGGUGACAUCAUGAAUAUCCUUGUUAAGCUUGCUUUAAUGGAAUCUCGAGUGAUUGUUGUUCAUGUAAAUCCUACUUUAGGCUUAAAGAUUUUCUCUGUUGCAAAAUAUCUUGGAAUGUUGGGUAAUGGUUAUGUUUGGAUAGCUACGGAUAUGCUUUCAUCUAUGUUAGAUUCUAAUUCUCAUCUGCCUUCUGAUAUCAUGGAUGCAUUGCAAGGAGUUCUGGUUCUGCGCCAACACACGCCAGAUACUGAUAGAAAGAGAGCCUUUUUCUCCAGGUGGAAUAAGUUAACUGGUGGCUCUCCAGGACUGAAUUCAUAUGGGCUUUAUGCUUAUGAUUCUGUUUUGCUCUUUGCUCAUGCUAUGGAUGCCUUCUUUGACCAGGGAGGGACUGUUUCCUUUUCUAAGGAUUCUAAUCUAGCUUCUGUAGGAAAUGGUAAUCUCCACCUGGAAGCAAUGAGAAUUUUUGACGGUGGACAGCUUCUGCUGAAAAACAUACUUGACAUUAACAUUGUUGGGUUGACAGGUCCUCUUAAGUUUAUUUUAGGAACGGACAGGUCCCGUGUUCUUCCUUCAUAUGAUGUAAUCAACGUGAUUGGAACUGGUUUUCGGAGGAUUGGUUACUGGUCAAACUAUACGGGUUUGUCAAUCAUACAGCCUGAGACAUUGUAUAAAAGACCACCAAAUAGUUCAAGUGCAAGCCAGCAACUAUAUAGUGUUAUCUGGCCUGGGGAGACAUUAUCAAAACCUCGUGGAUGGGUUUUUCCUAACAAUGGGAAGCAAUUGCAAAUUGGUGUGCCCAUUCGGGUGAGUUAUCGUGAAUUUGUAGCACAGGUGAAAGGGACUGAAACGUUCAAGGGAUUCUGCAUAGAUGUAUUCCAAGCUGCUGUUAAUUUGUUGCCAUAUGCUGUCCCGUAUCGAUUUGUACCCUAUGGGGAUGGCCGUCGAAACCCAAGCUAUACGGGGCUUGUGAACCUGAUAACAACUGGUGUCUUGGAUGGUGUCGUUGGUGAUAUUGCCAUUGUAACAAAUAGGACCAGGAUAGUGGAUUUUACACAACCAUAUGUGUCGUCAGGACUGGUUGUUGUGGCCCCAUUUAGGAAAUUGAAUUCCGGUGCUUGGGCCUUCUUGCGUCCAUUCACUCCAAGUAUGUGGCUAAUCACUGGUUGUUUCUUCCUUGUUGUGGGAGUAGUAGUGUGGAUUCUGGAGCAUAGAAUAAACGAUGAGUUCAGGGGCCCACCCAAGCAGCAGAUUAUUACCAUUCUAUGGUUUAGCUUCUCCACUCUGUUUUUUGCUCAUAGAGAAAGUACUGUGAGCUGUCUUGGACGUGCAGUUCUAAUUAUAUGGCUCUUUGUGGUUUUGAUAAUAAACUCAAGCUACACCGCUAGCCUGACAUCAAUCCUUACAGUGCAGCAGCUAUCUUCUCAUAUUAAAGGAAUUCAAAGCUUGAUAGACAGUGAUGAGCCUCUUGGAUACCAAGUAGGUUCUUUUGCAGAACAUUAUCUGCAUGAGGAACUUAACAUAUCAAAAUCUAGGCUUGUUGCCCUUGGAUCACCUGAAGCGUAUGCCAAGGCGCUCAAAGAUGGUCCUGAAAAAGGAGGUGUUGCUGCUGUGGUUGAUGAACGUCCCUACGUGGAGUCUUUCUUAUCAAAGCAGUGCACGUUCAGGAUUGUUGGUCAAGAGUUCACGAAAAGUGGAUGGGGUUUUGCUUUUCCACGGGACUCUCCGUUAGCUGUUGAUUUAUCAACUGCAAUUCUACAACUGACUGAGAAUGGUGAUCUCCAACGGAUCCAUGAAAAGUGGCUGAUGCAUAGCACUUGCAGUUUGGAUGCUGGUGAGCUUGAAUCAGAUCGGCUUCAUCUCAAGAGCUUUGGAGGCCUUUUCCUUCUAUGUGGGAUAGCUUGCUUCAUUGCUCUCUUCAUAUACUUCAUGCAGAUAGUGUGCCACUUCCGACGUGCCGACUCCAACGAAUCUGUUUCUGCUGGUCAGAGUAACUCACUUUCUGGGCGUAUCCAGAGAUUGUUGUCACUGAUGGAUGAGAAGAAGGAUCCAUCAACGCAUGGGAGUAAGAGAAGGAAGACGGAAAAGUCAGCAUUUGACGAUGACAGUGAUAAAGGUGAAUCAGGGAGGAAUACAAGGGGAAAGAAAAUGGAACUGACUAAUGAGGAUGGCAUCAACUCGAGCAAUUAAACUAAGUGGAUAUCUUCAGAGAUUCCUGAUUGUAUUAGCACAUGGUCAGAAUUAAACGAUAUCUACACUCCAUAAAAUCGCGACAAACAUGCAACUCAUGUACCAAGCAAUGGUUCACUAAGUGAGAUUAACAACUUUCAAAGCAUUAGAUUCAAGAAAAAUACUAGAGAGAUGCUUCUCGAUUGCAAGUUCAAGACUCGUCUUAAUACUUAGAACCUCGUAGUGCAUAGCACGAAGGGGGAAGGAUCCAUUCUAUUAUUAGUGAGAUAUCAUGCAAUGUCAUAUUGUAUCUUGGACAGAAGUUGUGGGACUGUAAUAUCACCUCUACAAUCAUUAUUCAUCUUCUCCUAUAUUGUUUUGGUACUCUAUGGUGUGGUUUCAUGUGAGAGGUCUCUCAGAAUAGUUUCUUUAGUAUAAAUUCUAAAAUUUAUCUGUAGUAAUGACUUAUACCAAGAGCUAUGGAGGCUUGUUUAUAUGAAGUGUAGUUUAUAGAUGAAA